CUUGAAACACACCAAGUGAGUAACAUGGCAUACUCUACAAAAGCACUUGCUGCUUCACUUCUUGUCUCCCUUCUCCUCCUCCAUCUCUCCAAUGCCCAAUUUGAUCAGGUGGAGUUGAACAAUGCCCCAGCAGGCAGCCCUCAACCUCAAGGCAUAGACUGCCCAGCAGCUUGUGGAGAAAGGUGCAAAAAGUCAAAGAGACAAAAUCUGUGCAAGAGGUCUUGCGGGAGCUGCUGCAACACGUGCAAGUGCGUUCCACCUGGAACUUCUGGAAAUUACGACAUCUGCCCCUGCUAUUUUAAUCUCAAAACCCACAACAACACCCGUAAAUGCCCUUAACUUGUUAUUAUUAUUAUUCCCGCCAUCGUUAUAUUUCUAUCAAAAAAAAAUUAUAUUUUUAGUCUCGUAAUUAAAUUUAUGGUGUAAAUUUAGUCAUUCAUGGUUAAAUACGUCAAAUCUAGAGACUAAAUUUAUAUGACUCAGUGAAUUUAUAUUGUUAUUAUUAUUGUUGUUGUUGUGGUGGUGGUUCUUGCAAUUAAAUUGUAACAAGUGAUGUACUGUCUUUCAUUGAUAGCUUAGUCCAAAAAACAAUUGGGAUUUUUACGUUUGUACCCAUUGUUCCA